AGAAUACCUAAUCAGGGACUUGGGGGUGUUCCUGGAAGCCAGACGUUACUUCCCAGUGGGAUGGACCCUUCAAGACAGCAAGGUCAUCCAAACAUGGCUGGGCCAAUGCAGAGAAUGAGCGGCCCCAGGGGAAUGGUUCCUCUUGGUCCACAGUCUGACCCUUGGUUAUCAUUACAGAGCUACGGAGGAGGAAUGCGACCACCACUCAAUGCUCUUGGUGGUCCAGGGAUGCCUGGAAUGAACAUGGGACCUGGAGGUGGAAGACCGUGGCCCAACCCUGGCAAUGCAAAUUCAAUACCUUACUCAUCUGCAUCUCCUGGGAAUUAUGUAGGUCCUCCUGGUGGUGGU